CUCACCAACAAGCACUCAGAUCACGUAUGGCACGUUCCUGUAAUCCGAAGUUUUCACUUUUUCAUGGCCUUGUUUUCAUACUUCUAUUUUUUUGGUUAGAGGUUUGCACUUCCAGAGACACAAUUAUAUCUACACAAUCCAUCAAAGACCCUGAAAUUAUAGUCUCCCUUGGAAAGACCUUCAAGCUGGGAUUCUUUAGUCCUGUAAAUACUACGAAUCGUUAUGUUGGUAUCUUGGACAACAUCCCAGUGACGAUUGUUGUAUGGGUUGCCAAUAGAGACAAGCCUUUGAAUGAUUCAUCUGGGAUUGUGAUGAUAUCCGAGGGUGGUAAUCUGGUAAUCUUGAAUGGGCAGAAGGAGGUCAUUUGGUCAUCAAAUGUUUCGAAUCUUGUGGCCAAUUCAAGUGUCCAGCUUCUAGAUACUGGGAAUCUUGUCUUACGAGACAACUCUAGUGGAAGGAUCAUAUGGGAGAAUUUUCAACAGCCUUCAGACUCAUUCUUACAGAAGAUGAGACUUGGUACUGAUGCAAAGAAAGGUGAGAGGACUCUGCUGACAUCUUGGAAAAGUCCAUCGGAUCCAUUCAUUAGAUCUUUCUCUGCAAGAAUUGAUCCUCUAAGCAUCCCACAAUUUGUUGUAUGGAAUGGUAGUCAUCCAUACUGGCGUAGUGGUCCUUGGAAUGGUCAGGUUUUUAUAGGAAUUCCAACAAUGCAUAAAUUAUAUGACAAUGAAUUUAAUCUUGUCGAUGACAAAAAAAGAACUGUUGAUCUAACUUUCAGCUAUGCCAAUGAGUCCAUUGUAUUAUACCUCCAGUUGAAUUCUGAAGGAUCUCUACAAAAGAAGGGUCGGUUUGUAGGGAAAGAAGACUGGUACGUGUUGUGGUGGGCGCCAAAAAAUGAGUGUGAUGUUUAUGGCAAGUGUGGACCAUUUGGAAGCUGUAAUUCACGGGACUCACCAAUUUGUACCUGUUUAAGGGGAUUUGAGCCAAAGCAUAUGGAUGAAUGGAGUCAAGGAAAUUGGUCUAGUGGAUGCAAAAGAAAGACACCAUUGCAAUGUGAGAGAAACAAUACAGUCAAUGAAAAGGGAAAAGGGGAUGGAUUUUUGAAGCUUGAAAGAGUAAAAGUACCAGAUUUUGAGGUGUGGGUACCUGGUCUAGAAGACAAUUGUGGAAGCCUGUGCUUGAAUAACUGUUCAUGUACAGCUUAUUCAGGUUACUUUGGAAUUGGGUGUAUGCAAUGGAGUGGAAGUCUAAUUGACAUCCAGAAAUUCAUGGAUGGUGGGGCGGAUCUUUACAUUCGAGUGGCAUAUUCAGAGCUUGACAAAGAGAAGAACAUUAAAACAGUUCUCGCAAUUACAAUAAGCAUAGGGUCAAUAACCAUUGCAAUCUGCGCAUAUUGUUUUUGGAGGUGGAUGGCCAAACACAAAGCAUCAGGAAGGAAACAGAAAAGUAAGCAAUUAUUAUUUAGAAGGGUAGAACUGUAUCCAGAGUAUUCUACUGAAACCGUGCUUGUAGAGAAUACCCACCAAACUAAUCUUGAAGAACUGCCAUUAUAUAGUUUGGAGGAUUUGACAAAUGCAACAGAUAACUUUCAUUCUACUAAUAAGCUGGAGCAGGGUGGUUUUGGACCAGUAUACAUGGUUGAUGUGUCAGUUUUCUUACCUUUAGCCCCAAAUGGUUUUCUCUCUCAUACAUCCACCACAGUCAGAGCAACUGCGGUAUUUUUUGCAUAUGUUGGAUUUGAUGCAGUUGCUAAUUCGGCUGAAGAAUCUGCAAGACCACAGUGGAACUUCCAAUUAUGCCUAAUGGGAAGCCUUCUUGUUUAUAUUUUAUACACAGUACCUUCAAAAAAAUUCGGAAUAGAUCUGAAAUAUGUAUCUGUGUUAAUAGGCAUUGGUUCUGUUACUGGACUUACUACAACCCUUCUUGUGGGUAGCAGCCUAUUUGUGGCGGUGGCGGUGGUGGUGGUAGGGACCACAAGCACAAAGGAAGAAGCCACAAGCACAAAGGAAGAAGAGUAG